GUAGCUGCCCGCUGACCGCCGCCACCCCCCCCUCCUCUUCGGCCAUGGACACCCCUGGUUUUCCUUCGUCGGCCCCCACCGCCUUGGAGCCUGGGAACGCCUCCUCGGCCUGGCCCCCGGAUGUCGCCCUGGGGAACGCGUCCGCGGCCCCCAGCGUGGCGGGGCUGGCCGUCAGCGGUGUUCUGAUCCCUCUGGUCUACCUGGUGGUGUGUGUGGUGGGCCUGCUGGGCAACUCGCUGGUCAUCUACGUGGUCCUGCGGCACACGGCCAGCCCGUCGGUCACCAACGUCUACAUCCUCAACCUGGCGCUGGCCGACGAGCUCUUCAUGCUGGGGCUGCCCUUCCUGGCGGCCCAGAACGCCCUGUCCUACUGGCCCUUCGGCUCCCUCAUGUGCCGCCUGGUCAUGGCCGUGGACGCCAUCAACCAGUUCACCAGCAUCUUCUGCCUCACGGUCAUGAGUGUGGAUCGCUACCUCGCGGUGGCCCGGCCCGCCUGCUCCGCCCGCUGGCGCACGGCGCCCGUGGCCCGCACGGUGAGCGUGGCCGUCUGGGUGGCCGCGGCCGUGGUGGUGCUGCCCGUGGUGGUCUUCUCGGGUGUGCCCCACGGCAUGAGCACCUGCCACAUGCAGUGGCCCGAGCCGGCGGCCGCCUGGCGCGCGGGCUUCAUCAUCUACACGGCAGCGCUCGGCUUCUUCGGGCCGCUGCUGGUCAUCUGCCUCUGCUACCUGCUCAUCGUGGUCAAGGUGCGCUCGGCCGGGCGGCGGGUGCGGGCGCCCUCGUGCCAGCGGCGGCGGCACUCGGAGCGCAGGGUCACGCGCAUGGUGGUGGCCGUCGUGGCGCUCUUCGUCCUCUGCUGGAUGCCCUUCUACGUGCUCAACAUCGUCAACGUGGUGCGCCCGCUGCCCGAGGAGCCCGCCUUCUUCGGCCUCUAUUUCCUGGUGGUGGCGCUGCCCUAUGCCAACAGCUGUGCCAACCCCAUCCUCUACGGCUUCCUCUCCUACCGCUUCAAGCAGGGCUUCCGCAGGGUCCUGCUGCGGCCUUCCCGCCGCGUGCGCAGUCAGGAGCCUUCUGCCGGGCCUCCGGAGAAGACCGGGGAGGACGAGGGGGAGGAGGACGGCGAGGAGGCAGCAGGGGGGCAGGGGCAGGGGAAGGAGAUGAACGGCCAGGUCAGCCUCAUCGCACGGCCCGGCACCGGCGGGCAGGAGCGGCCGCCCAGCGGCACGGCCAGCAAGCAGAGGCAGUUCCUGCCCCGAGAGCCCACAGCCGGGGGCAAGCCGGGCGCACUGCACGCCAGCUGUCUGUAGGGGCCCGCGGGGAGGCCAGCGUGGUCCAAGCACGGGGCCGAAGCUGUGGGGACGCCUCGGGCGGGCCACCCACGGUGCCCGGGGCCCCGUGACGGGAUGUGUGGAGGCCUGGGCUCCCAUCCUGUGGCUGCUGAGACUCGCGGUGUGACCCUCGCGUAGGUCACUUUCCUUCCCUGCACCUGGUGUUCUCUUCUGUGACUCAGGGAUGGGAGGACUGAGCCUAGCCCGGCUCUGCUGGACGAGAAGUCUGGAGGGGCAUUGCCGCAGGCCGACCUGCCUGAGUGGGGCCCAGAGAGCUGCGCAUCGGCCUUCCCCCUCAAAGACAGAGCAUCCUGGCAGAUGGGCCCGGAUCUUGGCCCUCGGAGGGACGGACCGAGGUCUGGAUCGCCCGGGGCUCAGAGUCAGGCUCCCAGGAGAGGGCCUGGGACCCCAAAUAGAAGAAAGUCUUACCCAGUGCAGGGAGGGGUACACACUGCUCAGGCCCCACAUCAGCUCUCCCCCACUUGCUGCAAGGCCUGGGCGGGCUCUUCUCUCUGGGCCUCAGGCCUCCCUUGCUGAACAACCCAGGAACCUCCAGGCCCUCUCGGCCUG